AUGGCUAACUCCACUUCUGUCUCUCUGGUCGGUAACACCAACGUCGCCGGUACCACUGCCAACUCUUCUUCUUCGGCCUCUGCCACCUCUAGUUCUGGUGCUUUCUCGUUGAACCCACCAGCCUACUACCAGUCGAACACCAAGUUCACUGCCCUGUUCGUUGGUCUGACUGCUGCCGCCAUGGUCAUCGGCUCCAUGUAA